AUGGCGGACGAAGAAGACCAACAGGCUACCCACGAGCAGAUCUUUGGCAGGGACAGCGACGACGAAGGUCCCGACGAGCCACCGGCUCUGACCGAGUCCAAUGCCGACGAGCUACAGACUCACAUCGAGGUGCCAACGGACGGAGCGCCCACCACAGAAGACCCGUUCGGAGAAGAGGACGAGGCGCUGCCCAGCUUCCAGCGGACCGAGCGCGACGAGGCAGGUGGUGACGAUGAUGAAGCGGCGUCCUCCAUGCCCCGAAAGAAGAAGAAGAAGAAGAGGCACCACUCUCCCGAUGCCCCGCCGAGACGCUCGGGCGACGAUGCGGAUGGCAUCAGCGGGGACGAGGGAGAAGGGGUUGAAAUGUCGGCGCAGGACAUCCGCCGGUCGAGGACCGAUGCACUGAUCGAUGAGGCGCUCAAGAGCGGCAAGAGAAAGGCGCCCAGGAAGCGCGCCGGCGAAGAUGAUCUCGAUCUGCUCGCCGACGAAGAGGUAUCGGCCCUGCGCAGGGAGAUGGUCAUGGCAGCUGACGACGACGAGGAGGCCAACAGGCUGAAGAAGCCCGCCGUGGCAAAACUGCGCCUUCUGCCUCGAGUGGUGCAGACGCUCCAAAAGACGCAUCUGCAGCAGUCGAUCCUCGACAACAACCUGCUCGAGGGCGUCAAGAGGUGGCUCGAGCCUCUGCCCGACAAGAGUCUGCCGGCGCUCAACAUCCAGAACCAAUUCUUCCAGAUCCUGGAGAAGAUGUCGAUCGACACCAUCAGCCUCAAGAUGAGCGGGCUGGGCAAGGUCGUCGUCUUCUACUCGAUGUGCCCGCGAGUCGAGCCGAGGAUCAAGAGGAUCGCUGAGCACCUCAUUGAGGUCUGGUCUCGACCCGUGCUCAAGCGAUCCGCCUCGUACCGCGACCGCCACGUCGCCGCCGCCGAGUGGCACCCGGAGAUGUCGAACAGCCAGGGCCUCACCUCGACGCAGAUCAUCGACAACGGCAGGAGGAACGUCAGCAUCCCGCAGGCCGUCACCAGCGGCUUCCGCGUCGCGCCGCAGUCGACGGCGGGCCAGAAGAGCGACAGCAGCCACGAGGCCAGGCUGGCCAACCACCAGAGGCUCAACCGCUUCAAGUCCAGGUUGAAGGAGGCGAAGCGAUAG